AUGGCUAAAAGUCAGGCGCUGAACACCAAUAUGGGUGUCGACUACAUCAUUAGCUACCGCUUCGAGCCUACAGACAAGGCAAAUGCUGCAGCAGGAUUCGAGAGGCUCUGCCAGAAGCUCUCUGCAGUGGGAUUAGCCACCGAAGUCCGCAAUGGAGAUCAGAACUCGGUCCUGCUGUUCGUGCAGGUGGCCAGCGAGGAGCACAUGUUCGCAGAAGUUUACAGAAGCAGAGUCAAGGACUGGAUCCACGGGGUACAGUCGAAGGAGCCUCCCGAAGAUGUUCGUGCCUCUCUGGAGCAGGAGCCGCUCACAGACGCUGAACGCCAGCGCAUUAUCUACCAAAUGAUCACCAAUCCAGAGCAUGAAGGUGGGGCUGGCAUUCGAGUCAAGUCGCAGGAAUGGAAGUACGUCGAGAGCAUAUUCGCUCUUCACGAUCAUACUUUCAAUAAGGUCUGGCUGAAGAAGUGGGCCACGCAGUACGCCAUCAAGUCCGAAGACCUGGACGACAUUCGAAAUCGUUUCGGCGAGAAGGUGGCCUUCUACUUUGCCUUUGAACAGACGUACUUUAACUUUCUGAUCUUCCCGACUGCAUUCGGGGCGUUCGCGUACCUCUUCCUGGGAUCGUUCAGCCCCAUCUACGCCAUCGUACUAUGCCUGUGGUCGAUUGUGUUCGUGGAGUGGUGGAGGCACCAGGAGCGGGACCUCUCCAUAAGAUGGGGGGUUCGUGGUGUUAGCAACAUUGAAAGUAAGCGACACGAGUUCCAGCCUACGAUAGAGGUGGAAGACCCAGCCACUGGAGAGACGGUCAAGAUCUUCCCAUGGGACGAGCGACUCAAGCGGCAAGCACUGCAAUUCCCAUUCGCCAUCGUUGCCAUCCUGGCGCUUGGUGGUCUCAUUUGCCUUUGCUUCGCGAUUGAGAUCUUCAUCGGCGAGAUAUACGACGGUCCCGGCAAGUCCGUCUUGACGUUCACGCCCACUGUGAUUCUGACCACCUGCUUGCCCCUGAUCACUGGUGCCCUCAGCACAACGGCACAGCGCUUGAACGACUUCGAGAACUACGAAACGGAGACUGCAAAUGGACGCGCUCUGACGGCCAAGCUAUUCAUCUUGGACUUCAUCACGUCAUACAUGGGCAUCAUCCUCACAGCUUUUGUCUAUGUACCAUUUGGUAGCGUGCUUGCGCCGUACUUGGACGUCUUCAGCAGACUGUUUGCCACCGAAGCGGCACGAGCCAAGACCGCUAAGGGCGGUCAAUACACGAUCAACCCAGAUCGGCUUCGCAAGCAGACCAUCUAUUUCGCCGUGACGGCAUCUAUCGUUAACUUCGCCAUGGAGGUCAUCGUGCCUUACCUCAAGCGCCAAGGUGUCCUGAAGUUCAAGGAGAUCAAGGCCAGCCGGACUGGAAAAGCACCUGAGCAGUCCGACGCCGUCAUUGAUGCCCCGCCAGAAGAGAAGGAGUUCCUCGAUCGUGUUCGCAGCGAAGCGGAGCUGCCUACGUACGACGUGUACACUGAUCUACGCGAGAUGAUCAUACAGUUCGGCUAUCUUUCCCUGUUCUCUGUGGUAUGGCCUCUUGUCCCGGCUAGCUACCUGGUGAACAAUUGGUUCGAGCUACGCGCAGAUGCUGUAAAGAUUUGCGUGGAGAUGCAGCGCCCUACGCCUUGGCGUGCGGACACGAUCGGGCCGUGGCUCGAUGCCUUAUCAUUCCUGACUUGGCUCGGCAGUAUUACCAUGUCGGCUCUGACCUACAUGUUCUCGAAUGAAGGUGUAGGCCCAGAUGGUCGACCGCACGAUAUCAAAGGAUGGGGGCUGCUCCUCUCCAUUUUCUUCAGCGAGCACCUGUACUUAUUCGUGCACGGCCUCGUCCGGAGCGCGAUUCAGAAGAUUGACUCUCCAGGUCGCCAAAAGGAACGACGCGACCGUUACCUGGCUCGACAGAAGCUGGUGCAGAACAGUUUGGCGAAGUUGCCAAGUGUGCCCAACAUCAGUGAGAACGACACCCCGAUUACGAGAGAGUCACUAGAGGAGGAUGCGCGGCGUGCCAGUCAGAAUGCCGCGACGCCAAUUGAGCGGUUCUGGUCGAGGCAGCGUGGCUGGCGAGAGUCGGCGAAGAUGGGCAAGGUCUUCAUCGAGAAGUACAACGACCCCGCUGCGCAUGCGGAUGAGAAAAAGGAGCUGUGA